AUGUUGGCUGCGCUCCGGGGAGCCGCGGCCGCCGGAGCCAGGAUGUGGCCCUGUGUGGGGACGGCGCCUUCCGGGUCACCCGGGUGCCUGUGGCCACGCGGCCGCGAAGUGAAUAAACACCGAGGGGCCGGGGGGCCCCUGCCCGAGCCCCCGAGUCCCCCGCAGCCCGUCCCCGCGCCCCCGCUCCCCUCGGGCCCGGGAGAGCCCAUGGCGCCGCCCCCGGCCCCGCUGCCGGCGCGGACCGCGGGGGCCGCCCGGCCCGGCCGCCGGGAGCCGGGCUCCGUGAGCUUCGCGGACGUGGCCGUGUACUUCUCCCCGGAGGAGUGGCGGAGCCUGCGGCCCGCGCAGAGGGCCCUGUACCGGGACGUGAUGCGGGAGACCUACGGCCACCUGGGCGCGCUCGGCUUCCCCGGCCCCAAACCAGACCUCAUCUCUUGGAUGGAGCGGGGCAGUGAGGCUUGGAGCCCGGCCGCCCAGGACCCCGAGGGGGCAAGCGUGGGAGGAGCCCUGCGAGGAGGCGCCCCAGACGACGAGGAGGAGGAGGAGGAGUCCGAAGCGGAGCCAGGAGCCCAGGGACCCUGGAGGACUCCCGGGAAGGACCGGCCUGCGGAGCUGGUGAAACUCAACCCCGACGGGGCCCUGGGCAAGGCCUCGGCCAGGGCGCCGCCGCCCCCGAAAGCGGCCUGGGACCCGCGCGCGGGGCCGCCCCCGGGGCCCGGCAGGGGCUCGGCCCGCCAGCGGCGCCACGCGUGCGCGGACUGCGGCCGCCGCUUCACCUACCCGUCGCUGCUGGUCAGCCACCAGCGCAUGCACUCGGACGAGCGGCCCUUCCCCUGCCCCGAGUGCGGCAUGCGCUUCAAGAGGAAGUUCGCGGUGAACGCGCACCAGUGGACCCACCGCUCCUGCUCCGGGGGCCGGCGCGGCCGGAGGCCGGGCAUCCGGGCGGUGCCGCAGGCCCCGGUCCGCGAUGACCGGGACCCGCCCGUGCUGUUCCGGCACUACCCCGACAUCUUCGAGGAGUGCGGGUGA